AUGUUGUAUUCGACCGCGCAGAUCGCGAGAUAUGGCCGUGUGGACGGCGUUGCGGGGAUCGAGCCAGAGAACCCGCCCGAUCCGCAUGCGAAUUGCGCCGUUGGGUCCGAAACUUUAACGAGGGCAGGGCGGUCUGCAUCAGCCAAAUUGGCCGGCGUGGAGUAG